CAUCAAAUCCAAAAACUCCUGUUCCCAAGAUAAGGGCAUUUCUCUGAUCAGGAAAUCUCUCUCUCUCUCUCUCUCUCUCUCUCUCUCGCUCGCUCUCUUUCCAAACGCAAUGGCAUUCGCAGCCUCUCUCGCCACGAGGCUCGUGACUCCAGCGCCUCUCUCUUUCUCCUCCAACACCUCUCGCCUCUUCCUCAAAUUCCCCUCCAGACCCCUCCUAUUUACCACCCCUGCCACUCCCUCCCUCCGCUUCACUUCGCCCUCCAAACCCUCACGAUUUACCUCCUCUGCCACGCCCUCUACCUCCACCAUCACUGCCGCCAUCUCUGUCGGCGACAAGCUGCCGGAAUCCACCUUCUCCUACUUCGACGCCGCCGGCGAGCUCCAGACGGUCACCGUCUCCGACCUCACCGCCAAGAAGAAGGCGAUCCUGUUUGCUGUUCCUGGCGCCUUCACGCCGACCUGCUCGCAGAAGCACCUCCCGGGCUUCGUCGAGCGGGCGGCCGACCUCCGGUCCAAGGGUGUGGACACGAUCGCCUGCAUCUCUGUCAACGAUGCUUUUGUGAUGCGUGCAUGGAAGGAGGACCUCAAGAUCGGCGAUGAGGUCCUGCUGCUGUCCGAUGGGAAUGGGGACUUCACACGGGCGAUUGGGGCCGAGCUCGAUCUCAGCGACAAGCCAGUCGGCCUGGGCGUGCGGUCGCGCCGUUACGCAAUGCUCGUCGAUGAUGGGGUUGUGAAAGUGCUGAAUUUGGAGGAAGGAGGGGCGUUCACCACAAGCAGUGCUGAGGACAUGCUCAAGGCACUCUGAAGGAUUCCUUGAUCAGGUUGGAUUUCAGCGUCUCUUGAAUUCCGAUUUCAAAUACGUUUUUUGAUGUGUUUGGAUUCAGAUUUUAUGAAUUGAGUUUUGAAGUGUUAUCUUCUAUGUUUUGUUCUUUAUCUUGUUUUGUUUAGUUAUUUAUAUGCAAUGGAAAAGAAUGGAAAAUGGAAGUAGAAUCUGUACCAGAAGAAUGCCUAAAGGGUACUUGUCCAAAUGUCGAGUCGCUGGGUCGAGACGAAUCAAAGUCAUGAGUCUUCAUUUGACCA